AAGUCUUUACGGYUGAGUCAAAGCAAGUAUUGCCGAUGGCCGAUUCACGUCGCAACACGUACAUUASUUCCGUUUCGUGAUUGGAUCAAAAAUCCCAUAUUUUCUUUCCUACGAGUUUGGGAAUCAACUCAUAUUGGCCAUGGUGCACAAUUCAACUUUUGUGAGCUCAAAAAGUGAUACCACAAUCGUAUUGAUGUGUUUUGGUGUUAUUGUCGUUGCAAUUGUAAUCUUUACUGGUAACUGCCUGGUUAUCGCUUCUAUCGCCCUGAACAAGAGACUGCAAACGAGAACAAGUGCUUUCAUAGCAAGUCUUGCCAUAGGCGAUCUAUUGAUUUCAGUAUUAGUCGUUCCUUUGAUUAUUAUAUCUAACAUUGUUGGCCCGCGGAUCGACUACCAUAAAGGUCUGCGUUAUUGCCAUGCAACUAUAGCUGUUGCUGUUUCUUUGAUGUUUAACGCGGUUGCCAACCUUGGGGCUGUAAGUUUGGAUCGUUACUUGGCUAUUAUGUCUCCUCUAAGAUACAAAACUAUCAUGAGACGUAGACUCAUUGCUGGAAUCAUCGCGUCUGUCUGGAUAUUCUCGACAGUCUUUGGAUUCAUCCCGUAUAUGGGUUGGAGGGAAGUUAUGUUCGCCAAAUCAGGACUUUUUUGCCAAGUAACUUUAAACUUAGAUCGAAGUUACAUCAUCACUGUUUGUACCGCUGCCGUAUUUCCUUCAGUAUUCAUGGUUGUUGCAUAUUACAGAAUUUUUAAGACAGCAAGAAUGCAUUCAACGCGAAUAUCCGCAGCCAUGAACAGUAUUAUGUUGAACUAUUCUCGAAGUUCAACAGUCACGAGUUCGUUCGUAAGAGAAGCUAAGGCUGCAAAAAUGGUGGCGCUGGUUUUGGGUUCAUUCAUCAUUUUUUGGACUCCUCUAUUUCUUAUAAUGAUAAUAGACACAAUAAAAACCAGUUUUGUAAAUUCAUAUCUUUAUGCCGGAGCUGUGAUGUUCGCUACGAUCAACUCUGCUUUGAAUCCUGCUAUCUAUGCAGCUAUGAACAGAGAAUUUCGAAGUACAUUCAUUUGCUUGUUACGAUGCAAACGACCUACUAGAGUAGCACCUGUCCCACAUUAAUUAUAUYACUAAAUAUUUCAAUGUGAAAAAAAAAACUUUUUGGCCAA